GCAUGUAAACCUGACGUCAGUCGAGCCAAAGUCGGACGCACGUCUUGUCGUAGUAGGCCGCGCUGUGAAUUAGACACCAUGUGAAUGCGACCGUGCCACCAAACAUUAUAUAAGUUGAUAUUUUUAAUUGCGAUCGUAGGCGCCUUGGUGCCGCUGACAGUUAAGCAAAAAAAGCAGUAGUGCCAAUUGGUUUUUGAGGGUUUAGAGGAUGCGAAAACCCAGUGCCUUCUAGCUGCCUUGUCUUUACCCAAGUGCUCUUUUAGUCCACAAGUGUCCUCUUUCCGGUAAUUGAUGAGAAAUCUCACCAUCAAACACUUCGUUUCUUCACGCACCACCGAACUGAGCAGGGACCCCAGAUUGAGGCUCCAAAACUGGUCCAAGCGUUGGAUGCAGCUAUUCUUCUUCAAGUGAACGAUGCCAGACACAGUGGUGCCAGUAGACGACGACGAAAACGAAACCGAAGCCUCCGCCUUGACCAACAGACCCAAAAUCCCGGACGGCGGAUGGGGCUGGAUGAUCGUUUUAGCCUCCCUCAUCAUCUCUUUAAUCCAAGACGGCAUUAGUUUCUCCUUCGGGACUCUCUACACCGAGUUCAUCGACGAAUUUGAAGCCUCUAAGUCGAGCACGGCGUGGAUCGGGAGCUUGUUCCUCGCGGUACCACUUCUAACGGGGCCUGUAAUGAGUGCCCUGGUUGAUAAGUAUGGGUGCCGGACCAUGACCAUCCUAGGUGGAUUGGUGUCCGCUGCUGGGUUCAUUUUGAGCUACUUCGCCAACAGUGUGAUCGUCAUGUACAUCACGUUUGGAAUUAUCUCGGGGAUGGGACUCGGACUGACGUACAUCACGGCGGUGGUGUCCAUAGCCUUUUGGUUUGAGAAAAGGCGAAAUCUCGCAGUGGGACUAGGGGCUUGUGGUACCGGUAUUGGUACUUUCGUAUAUGCCCCUUUCACCACCAUGCUACUCUACGAGUACGGCUGGCGAUGGACCGUGAUCCUCUUGAGUGGUACCCUCUUGAAUAUGUGUGUGUGCGGGGCUCUAAUGAGGGACCCCGACUGGAUCCUCGAACAGAACAAACACUCCAAACUAUCCAGUAAGACGAGCUCGGUGUCCAACGUAUCCACCCCAAGUCAGAAAAUGGACCUAGAAGCCAUCCGAAGCCUACUAAAGAAUGGUCAAGACGCCGAGUACGUUCUCCAAACUCUGGCGACUUCCAUCGAGCGCGAAGAAAAGGGGCAAAAGGAGCACCACCAAUCCGUCCUCAAUCUCCCGACAUUCGUCAAACAGAACGAAACCGUCCCAGCCGAAGUCCUCGAGCAGCUCCAAGAAAAUAAAAAGUUGUAUCGGAUCAUCGUGGAGAACUACCCCAGUCUUUUACACUGUAGGAGUACGUCCGAGAAAGGGCUCAACACGUUGGUUAAUCCCAGUUUGGGGCCCCGGAUCCCUGUGACGUUCUCCCUCAAGCUGAAAAAAUCCGACAAGAAACCCAUCACGCAUCAGUAUUCGCUCCCUGAGCAGGCCGAGCCUUUAAUGAAAAAAGCCAAAAAACCGGAGACUACCUCUUGGCUGGUAAAACAAUUCAGUUCUACCACUCCGCACCAAAAUUAUUUUAAAAACAUGAGGUUCCCUAGGCAUUCGAUACACCGGGGGGCCGUUUUGAAUAAAAAUAAGUACAGGUUGAGGGCAUCGAGCUGUCCUAAUAUAUACAGGGUGUCCAUGACGACUCUCCUCAAAGACGAGGAUGAGCUGUGGUACGCGGGGUUAAUCAAACUAGUCAAUCUCUUUGACGAGUUUCAUUUCUUCUUAUUGUCUGUCUCGACUAUCAUUCUUUUUGCUUGGUUUAUGACGCCGUAUUUCUACCUAGUAGAUCACAUGGAAGCCCUCGGAUACACCAAAGACGAAGCCUCGUACGUCCUAUCCGGCAUCGGAGUGGCCAACACCAUCGGAAUGGUAGUUUUAGGGUGGGCGGGAGACCAACCGUGGACCAACGUGUCAAAAACCUAUGGCGUCUGUCUCAUCCUGUGUGGAGCAUGUUGUUCCGCCAUCUACAUCUUCACCAAGAAUUACAUCGUCCUCCACAUCUUCGGCGCGCUGUACGGAGUUUUCCUAGCGAGUAGUUUCUCAUUUACUCCUGUGAUGUUGGUGGAACUGCUUCCUCUUGAAACGUUCACCAAAGCGUACGGUUUGCAGUUGCUGUGUGAAGGUUUGGGACACCUGGGGGGACCCCCGUUCGCAGCACUACUUGCCGAUUUGACGAAAACUUGGAGUUACUCGUUCCAUUUGGGGGCGGUUUGGAUUGCCGUUGCCGGAGUACUUGUUCUCAUUAUUCCCUACACGAAAAACCGGAAGAUGUUUGGGAGGGGGCCGGUGGAGAAGGAACUGAGCGAGAGAGACUAAACAUGACAAGUACUUAAAUUUAAUACUGGAUUGUACUUAAAUACUAGUAUUGCUUACAUUGUAUUACUGUCAUUCUAUAAUAAAAUUUGGUCAGUA